AUGGCUCUGAGUAACUCCGGCAGAGGCAUUCUGUCGCUCAGUCUCCUCCUAUUAAUCGUGCUCGUCGGCGAGCUUGCAGCCUCGGACGGAUGGGCGGAGUUCUUUAGAUGGGACGAACGCGCUCCCGAGCUUAAUGAUAUCUUCGUCCCCUCUCGUUCAUCGGCGGCCACGGCGGCUGGACAAGCUGAUCACCCUCAACUAUCCUGGGCCGAUCAGUCAUACCCCGUCGGCCUUCCAGCCGGGCCAUCAGCUAGCCACCACACCCUCAUCUCACUGCCCGACUAUUAUCUCGCCCAACCUGCAGCUGAAGCACACCCCGCUGAAUCCCUGGCUCACUGGCGAGACAUGCCGUUGGAAUUCCACGAAAUAUUUGGGACCGAGUUCGGGGACACACGCGGUAUCGAUUACCCUCUCGGACAUCUCACAGACGGAACACAAGGCCCGGACGGUCUCGCGGCCGCAGAGACUUCGCAGGCAGAUUAUGGUGUGCUCCAUGUAUUCGACAGUCCGAGUCAUACCGUCGCAGGCCCUGGUCCGUCAUGCGUGCCCGCCGUCUCGAAGGAUGCCUUCCCGCCUGUCUCCGACACUACCUCCGGACCCAAUCAAAGAGUCAAGCCUGGGAAGAAAAGCCUCAAACCUAGAGUCAAGGUUGGAGAGAAAAGCCUUAAACCUAGAGUCAAGCCUGCGAAGAAAAGUCUCAAACCUAAAGUCAAGUCUAAGAAGAACAUCCUCCAACUGGAGACUCCCCUUGCGAUGAGGCCACUGCUCCCCCCACGCCGAGACAGCUUGUUCAUCCCACUUCCUCACAGCCAACGACCAAAGCUCUCCCGCAAGUUACCUCCGCAGGGAGGACUAGUGUUUGAUUGGACUCUCUUUGCACCUGAUAACCCAUUCGAUCCCACACAAACGAGGGACGUAGAAAAGAUCGUGACAACGCUCGAAGAGACCCUGAGCCACCAACUCGUCAUCCCCGAGAAGAAUUUCAUGGCAAUCCAUCACUCUUACAUCGGCGCUGUAGAUUCACGCGCUCGCAUCAACGGUAAAAGGCCUACCGACAUAAGAAAGCAAAGACUGGCGAAAAAAUUACCCGAAUUCUUGUCUGAUUAUGAGGAUUGGUAUCAGCAUUGGUUCGAUGAAACUGGGAUAGACUUCGAAAAAAAUCUCCUUCAAGAUCACUUUAUUGGUUUCGAUGCCGUCGGGUUCCUCUUCCCCCUCUAUCUAUUCUAUGCUGAGAUGAUAUAUUCGAUUGUCCCGAGAGGCGGCAAAAAAUCGAAGCUGAUCAACCUAGCUAAAGAGCUUGACCAGGCCCGAACCUCCUUUAACAAGUUGACAGCUGCCCUCUUCAAUCACCGGAUCUUGGACAAUGAUCUACCAUUGAUGAAAUCUAUCGCCGAAAAGCUCAGGAAACAGAUAUGUACUCGUGGAGAUACUGCAAUUCAUCCAAUCCUCUGGAGUUACUUGCAUUUUUGGAUGGCUUCUUUUAGAGAUAAUGUUUUCCAACACCCGCGCUCGAGUAAUGUUCCAAAGAGUGUCAAAGCAUUCUUCAACAAUGUCUUCAAUUAUUCAUAUUCACCUCAGCGCAAAAAAUACCUUUCUAGGAUGGAAUCAUUCUUCAGCUCAUCAUCAAAUAUAAAUUCUAGGAUAAACCUUUGA